AUGUCGGGCCCGCCAGGCGAGCUCGCGAUGUACACGGGCGCCAGCAAGCGCGCCAGGCAGAUGCUGCAAGCGGCGCAGGCGGGCGGCGGCGUGAAGAAGAAGGCGGCCGGGCCGGUCAAGCCGCUGCUCGCGCCCAUCACCUUUACCAGGAGGGCCAAGCGGGCGGCAGGCGAGAAUGAGGGCCGAGACGACGCCUGCAACCUGUUCACCAGCAUGCAGGCCACCCCCAAGAAGCAGAAACGCACCGAGGAACUAACGCCGCUGUGCGCUGCAGGUGCCGCACGGCUGCCGGGCCUGGGCGGGCCGGCAUCAAGCGGCCUGCCGCUGGCUCGCUACAAGAGUCUCACCAUUACGCACCUGACAGACUGGUAUGCUGACCGCGAGUCUAAGCAGCAGCUGAGGGAGCAGCGCAUGGAGGAAGAGGAGCAGCGGCGGCGGCGGGGGCAGUGCAGCAGCGCCGGCGGCGGCGCGCUGUUUGGCCGCAGUUCCGGCGGCGCCAGCAUCGCCUGCCUGCCUGCCGGCAUGCGCAACCUAGGCAACACCUGCUAUCUCAACGCAGUGCUGCAGGCAAGUGUGCUGCUGAGCCUGCCCUCCUUCAUCGCCGAUUUGAGGCAGGGCCGGAAGCAGCUGGCAGCGGCGGGGCAGCCGCUGAGCGCCGCAGGCGUCUACUCGGCACUGCUCGACUGUGUGGCGGCCAAGGACAGCUUGUCUGGGGGCCAGGCCUACAUCACGCCGGCCAGCCUGAAGCGGGCUCUGGAUGCCGCCUCCUCUGCCUUCCAGGGCGCCUUCCAGCAGGCGAGAGGGGGCAGGCUGCAGGGUGAUGCGCACGAGCUGUUCUGCGGCCUCUUGGAUGUGCUGCAAAGCGAGGUGCUGGGCCGGGAGGUGCAGCGCUACGGGCGCACCCGCAUCCGCAUCUCAGAGACGGCGGACCCUGCGGCCCGCAACUUUGGAUUUGCGGUGCAGCACGAGCUGACGUGCAGGCGGUGCGGCCAGGCCAGCCGCGUACUGGAAGAGUACAUGCACCUCAGCCUGGAGCUGCCAGAGCCGCAGCCCGGGAGCGUUGCGCCCGCCUCCUCCAUCGCCACGCUGCUCAGGGAUUACUUCAAGGAGGAGGAGGUGGAGAAGGAUUGCGAGGGGUGCGGUGGCGCCAACCAACCGCACAGCCUGCGCCACACCAUCCGCCGCCUGCCCCGCAUCCUCAUCAGCUGGAGUGCGGAGAAGCAGCAGGCGGUCUGCCAGAAGCUGCACACAAGCAUCGAGAUGGCGGAGGUGGUGCAGCUGGGCGCUUACCUGGCAGCCGGCGCGCUGCCGCCGUUGCCGGGAGGGCAGCUGCAGGAGGUGGGCAAGGAGAACGAGCAGCAGCAGGCAAACGUGGAGCCCAGCAGCCACGAUGGCGCGCCUGCCGCAGCGCCGGCACGGCCCGACACGCAGCUGAAGGCCCGCUCAGGGUUGCAUUUCUACGGCAGCAGCGGCGGCGGCACGCCCGGCGCGGCGCACGCGCUGCUGUCCACCACGCCGCAGGACGCGUUCCCCGGCUCUGCUCUGCGGGAUGCGGAGGACGAGGAUUUGCGUCAAGCGACGGCGAUGAGCCUGCUGGAGCACCACGGCCAGCAGCAGCAGCAGCAGCAGCAGCAGCCAGAGGGGCUGGGGGCAGCCUGGGAGCUGGGGCUUGGGCGACGGGUCGCGGAAGAUGAGGAGGCGCCAGGCGUGGUGCUGGUACGCGCCCGCAUCCCCAACCCGGCCACCGAAGUGGUGCUGCCAGCAGAGGUGGCGGCGGCGGCGGCUGGGGUUGGUGCUGGCAGCAGCCACCAGCUGCGCGGUCAGUGGUACACAACAGGCCUGGGGUCGGCCUGCGAGCAGCAUGGCAGCGACGCAGACGGUGCGGCAGGCAGCGGUGGGGCCCGCAAGACUGCGGCGGAGCGUGAAGAGGAGGAGCUACAGCGGGCCAUCCAGCUGAGCAUGGCGGAGGAGCAGCAACGGCUGGCGGCGGCGGGCGCGGCAGGCAGCAACGGCCUGGCUGCCGCCGGCGGGGACGGUGCCGCGGGUACAGCUGCCGCUGCGGUCGAGGAUCCCGAGGACGGUACCGUGACGCCCGUGCUGAGCUGCAUCCCGGCGCUGGGUGCAGCGGCUGGGGAGGUGGCUGCGGCAGAGGACACGGAUCUGCAGCGGGCCCUGCAGCUGAGCCUGCUGGACCAAGGGGGCGCCAGCAGCGCACCUGCUGCACUCCCGCUGGCAGCUGGGCCAGCGGAGGCUGUGGCCGGUUGGCAGGGUGAGCAGCAGCAGCAGCAGGGGCAGGAGCAGGGGCGGCCUGACCCUGUCGUCUCGAUCUUUGGAGAGCUGCUGCCAGCGCCCAUAGGUGCCGCAGGGGUCGGCGGUGCGCCGGCAGCAGCAGCAGCGCCCAGCAUGCAGCAGCAGCAGCUUGCGGCCGGAGCCCGCGAGGUGGAUGCUGGCGGGGGCGACUGGAGCGCUGUCGACGUGCAGGUGCCAGCAGAGGCGGUAGCAGAGCCUCCAGCCUACCGUCACGCGGAGAUAGUGGAGGACGAUGCGCUGCUGCAGGACGGGCCAGAGGCGGCAGAGGGCGCGGCAGACGCAGCGGCAGAGGCAGACGGGGCGUGCGGUGGGGCCGGUACCAAGACGCCGCCGGCACUGUACCGCCUGCAUGCGGUGGUCAACCACGAGGGCCCCGCCGCCUCCUGCGGCCACUUCACCUCUGACAUCUGCGACCCAGCCACCCGCGCCUGGCACCGCCUCAACGACAGCCUGACCAGCCGCAUCAGCGCCACCGAGGCGCGCAGCAGCACGCGGCAGCGCCAGUGCUACCUGCUGUUUUACGUGGCGUCACCCGGCACAUCUGGGGCACCCUCCUAG